AUGAGGUGGCGCCCGGGGAUCAGCUGCUUAUUAUCUAUAUUUAUAUUUGCUACAGUAUCCCUGGCAGAAGAGGCCCAGACGCCGAAACGAACGACGACAGCCCCGUGGACGCCCACCGGCAAGAUUCAGAAGCAGUUCAGGGGUUUCGGCACCCCUCGACCGCCAGGAAUCCAACCCGCCGACGGGGACAACGUCUUGUACGCGUCGGUGUGGGCGACAUGGACGGGGUGGUCCUUCUGCUCGAACGGCGUCCGGAUGCGCGUCCGUGCCUGUAAUACCGUGAGAGGGUUCUCUUGCCUCGGCAGGAAUCAGGAAAUCCAGCCCUGCGACGCGUUCGACCCGAAUUUCGGGGAUGGCCGGAAGCGGAUAGACGACUACGACGUCGUCGACCCGUGGGCCCAGGACCGCGAGGAGGCGAUGAAGCAGCUCUACGAUGAGGAGCCCACGACGCCACCCCCGCCGGGGUCGAACGAGUUGAAGCGCCGGAUGGCCGGGGUGAAGACGCGAAAAAAACGCCAAAGCCCAGCCUCACUAGAGGCCGACCUCCUUGAAGACAUCGAGUUUGCCGAGGGCGCUCAAAAAAGAUACCGUAACCUCAGGAAGCAGAACUACCGUACCCAACGCACCCUGGAACCCCUGAAAACAAUCCCUUCAAAAAGGGAAAUCCCCCAAGCCACCGAGGCCCUCGACAACGAAGCCAUUCAAGCCUUUUCAAGCAGGGUUACGGUGGUCGGGGCAAAAUCUAGAACCCCAAGAAAAAUCGAUCGCGAGUCCGAGACGCUCCACUUGACGCCCACCGUCAAAUUUCGCCGGAAGUUGGUCAGAAGAUUCCAGAAACUACGCGCGGCUCCUAUUGACAUUAAUGUGGAGACUGUACCGGGCCCGGAAAUGAUUUCAGAAGAUUUUAAGGCGAUUAAUGUUAGCUUUUCAAACUUGGACAAUCAUUUUGAGGGCUUGAGAACUACCGUAAGACCAAAACAAGGCGGAAAUCAAAACUUCAAAGUCAUUUCCGAAGCUGAAAGAGGCUACGAAACGAUACGGGAUGACGAUGAGGAAAAUUCUGGAAUUAUCACUGAAGAUGUGGCAGAA